UUUCUCGUUCUCUUCGACAACCAAACUCUCUCCUCUUUCGGUUCGUCCAUCAGACAAGACAACUACCCCAAACUAAUUUAGAGUACUCUACCUUCUCCCCGCCACCGCUCUCUCAGCCGUCAACCCAAAAUCUACUUGCCUGUCCCUCGUCAUCGGCUAUUGGUCCCCUUGCAUAAUUCCUCCGCCGUCAUCGACACUUACACCUCUCCACUCCCCGUUGCUGCUUGCUUACUCACACGACAUCAACUGGCGACACCUGCUCCCCUCCCCCGCCCAAUCUGCAACUAUCCCACUCGCUAGACGCCCAGUCGCGACCAGAGUCACGCAAUCACACGACCUGCAUACACGCACCUAGAGAACUGCUCUUCAUGGCUGCUCUUGCGGAUCCUGCUUCGACUCAGCGUGGAGGGUCUAAGGGCCCCUCCGGAGGUACCUCGACCGGGACCGUUGGCGAUGGAGAAACGGCUGGGGAACCCGGUGGUGUCCAGGAUCCACUGACGUCGAACACCGCGCCUCCUGCUCCGACAAACGCUGCGGCUCCUGUGGCUCCUGCUCCCGCUCCUACAACUCUCACACCCAAGAAGGCGGCCGCCCCUGUCGCCACUGCGAAUGGAAAGGCUGCCAAGAAACCGUUGGAUCCAUCUGAGGUCAACAAUCUACUCCACCAAAAGAUUUCGCAACUGGAAACCGACGCCUCGUUGGAGGAAGAGGAAGAGAAGGCUAUCUCCCGUGCUGUCCGAAAGGCCAACAAGGAACUCGCUGAACUCGUCUCCUCCCGCGAAGAUCAUCUGGCCAAGGUUGAUGCUAUCCAGACCAAGUACAGCGAGCUCCUGCACGACAUGAAGCGCCUGGAGCGAGAUCACGCCAAGUCUAGAAAGCGGGCGGACCAACUGCAAAAGGAAAAGGACCAAUCGAGGUCGGAGAUGCAGAAAGCCGUCAGUAUGAAGCACAAGCUGGAAACGUUGUGUAGGGAGCUACAGAAGGAAAACAAGCGCAUCAAGGACGAGAGCAAGAAACUCGCACAGAAUGAGCAGCAGAAGAGGGAGGAGCUCUCGGAAAAGUUUGAAAGUACGAUUUGGGAAAUCAAGAGCCGAAUGGAGGAAGAGGAAGAUGGCGGAAGCCGCAGGUCCAACCUGGAGCUCGACGAACUAUUCAAGGCGAAGUUUAAAAGUUUCGUCGACCAAUUCGAGAUUCGCGAGCUCCACUUCCAAUCGGUCCUUCGCACCAAAGAGCUGGAAGUCCAGUGGAACCUGGCACGCUACGAACAGCAGCGCAAGCAGGCCGAAAUUGAGGCAAACCGUGCCAAAGCUUUGCAUGCUCAGGUGUCGACGUUUUCGCAGACGGAGACCGAGCUCAGGUCCCAGCUCAACAUAUACGUCGAGAAGUUCAAGCAAAACGGCGCACAGGUAGAAGAUACUCUCAACAACUCGAACGAUCUGUUUCUCACCUUUAGAAAAGAGAUGGAAGAGAUGUCUAAGAAGACUAAGAGACUCGAAAAGGAAAAUCUUACACUCUCGCAAAGAGCUCGAGAACUUGAAGAAGAAAAACCUCAAGCUGGAGAGUAUCUGCCGCGCCCUGCAGAAGGAGCGCAACAGUCUAGAGAACCGUCUGCGCGCCGAGGGCGAGGAGAUGCUCGAAGACGACGAGGGCGACUCGGAUUACGAGGAAGAUUCAGAGGAGCUGGAGGAAGGAUCAGAGGAGGGCAGCGAGGACGAAGAGGAGGAGGCGGACGAGGAUACCGAGGAAGAAGAGAAUCUGGCUGCUAUGGCUGAGCUGCGGGAUCUCGGGAAGAAUGGUGUUCCGACAGCCAAGCCGGUCCUACAGAACGGCAAUUCAGCUCCUGUCGCUGCUUCCCAUCAUUCUUAGUAUCCGGGCUCCUUCGAAAAAGCUGCGGAUCAAAAAGAUAAAAGUUACCACAUAUCGCCAUUUUACCGACCAUUACAUCCUCCUGUUGGAUUCGAACGUUGAUACGCCUGAAGUCGUGUUGGGC